AUGAGCUUUGAGUUGAAAAACAAAACCAAGGGCUUUCCUUGCAGCUCCUCCAGAAACGCUCACACUCCAGUCCUCACGCUCACUCUCUCGAGAGCCCCACGACAACGCCGACUUCAAAUCCGCCAACGAAAAAUCUGGGUUUGUUUCCUCUGCUUGAUUCUUCUCCUCAUCUGGGUUUGUUCCUAUUUCGAUCUUCUGAAACGGAGGACGCAGCAACUCACAAAUCAACUCCUCCCUCCCUCCGACGCGACCACUCAGGCCAUCGCCUCCGCUCGAUUCCCUGCACCCUCGCACGUUUUUCCCCUGCUUGUGGGUAGUGAGGUUCGGGCAACCUUCAGAGGCCCGUGCUUUCUCUCUCUAAGCCUUCUUGGGUUGUCAGGACGGAGGGAGGCUCGAAAGAAGCCAAAACCCCUUGCGUCGUCUGCCGUUGGAGUAGAAGGAUCGAUUGUCACCGUUGCCGUAGAAAAGGUCUCCACGGAAAAGGUCAGCCCCUUUGUGCGGAGGGUGGAGUGGGCAUUGAAGCUCAAGGGCAUAGCCUACAACUGCAUCGAGGAAGACAUCCUCAACAAGAGCGCUCUGCUUCCGUGGCUCAACCCUGUUCACCAGAAAGUCUCUGUCCUCGUCCAUGGAGGUAGAGUCCAGAGCAGUCUGCGAGUCCAGGAGGAAUGAAGCACUAUGUCAAUUAUUGCACCUGCUCCUUGUUCGGUGCAGAGAAUAGCUUUGCUUGCCCUUGUUUUCCUUAUGAGCUGAGCUUUGGAUUUGUAUUUAAGAUUGAAGAGUUAAGUAUGGAUCGUAAUAAUGUGGUUUAGUGCGGUUUUUGAGUUA